UUAAGUCUUCAAAUUGGCAGAUACCCCAACUAGCUUUCUCCCGCUUCUCUUCGAUUCUAUCAUCUAGCUAAAUAUAAUGACCAUGCCAUCAGCAAAUCUAAUGGAAAAUCCAGUAAAACCCCACAAGUUCAAAAACUAUCAAAAGGCAAACGGAAUGUCCUUUGCCUUUCUCUUCUCCAUUGUCAUUUAUAUCUCUAUUUUCUAUAUCUUCAGCCUUUCUCCUUCAACUCUUUUCAGUAAUACCAAGUUUUGGUUUGUUAUUUCCAACACUCUUAUCCUCAUCAUUGCGGCUGAUUAUGGAGCUUUCUCUUCCUCCAAAGAUCAGAAACGUGAUCUUUAUGAGGAAUAUGCGUUGCAUAGCCAAACAAGGAGAAGAAGUACUGCUGCUUCAUUUGUUCCACACCCCGAAAUUGUGACAAAGAGCAUUCCCAAGGAAGAAGAGAGUUUGAAAGAGAAGAAAAAAGAGGAUGUAGCUGAUCAAAAGAAAAAUGAAAUCCCUGAAAGAAUAGUGGAAGUUGUCAAAAUUGAACCUAAAACUGACAAUUCCCAAGCAGAGAGCCCCCAGCCGGAGCAUCCCAUGAAAGCUGAUAAUGAAGCAUGUGAUCAGGUAAUUAAUAAGAAGAAGAUUGAACCAAAAACUAUCCGAAGAAGCAAAUCUGAUAAAGUGAAACGUGCUACGUUUGAUGACAAAAACAAUUUGCAGAGAUCAAAAACAGAAAAGCAUGAACCAAGUGCAAAACAAAACGAGUUUCCAGCAGAAGAAAACGAGUUUUCGACUAUGUCAGAUGAGGAACUAAACAGGAGAGUUGAAGAGUUCAUUCAGAACUUCAACAGGCAAAUUAGGCUUCAAGGUGCUAGAAACCGCCAACUUUUGGAAUACGAAUUCGAGUAAUAGGAAUUAAGGAGAUAUUGCAAUAAUACUCCAAUUUUUCUGUCUCCUUCGUUGUGCUUUUGAUUGGGGGGCUUUGUCUUCCCCACUUUGUUAUCUUCCCUUAGAAAGUAGCAAGUCGGUGUAAAUGGGUUUGGACUUUAGUAAGAAGAGUUAUCUUUUUCAAUCAUCUUUCAAUACUUUUCCUUUUCAGAACCCCUCUUAUAAUUUAGCCAUGAUGACUUGUAUCUUUUCAAUUUAUUAGAUUGCACAAAAUCUAGGCGGCAUUAAGGAAUAAUUUUGCCUUUAUAAUUUGGUGUACAGUGUUACGAUCAUAGUCACCAUCUUCAAU